AUGACAACUGCAGCACUACCCAAUGAACUGUUGCACCGAAAGGCCCAUCAGGCAGAGGAUAUCUACAGUCAUGAUGGGAAACACAGUAAUGCCUUCGAUGAAGAUCUUAAACAGCGGUACAGACAUACACAGAAAGUCAAGACAAAAAUCCUGGAGCAGGUCCAGCAUCAGCUAAGUGAUAUAUUAGACCAAGCUCUGACUGAAUCUGUUCAACCCCCCACCCAAAUCCAACCACAUGUCAACGGAAAGACAGCAAUUAAAUCUUCACCCAGCUCUCAGAGAAUGGAUGAUGGUAAAGUGUUUAUGCACAGAGCAUCCCUUCUAGAUGAGCUGUUUGAGAUCAGCCACAUCAGGACCAUCUACCAUAUGUUCUUAGCUGUACUUCUCAUCUUCUGCAUAAGCACACUGGUUGUGGACUACAUCGACCAGGGCAGGUUGGUCCUGGAGUUUGACCUGCUCUUCUACGCUUUUGGGAAGUCGGGGACGGUCACAUGGGCCUGGUUUCUGAUGUUCUUCUACACCUUGCUUGUUCCCUACCAGCUCCUCAUGUUUUGGGGGUCUUUGUACCACAGCGUCCCCUCAAAACUGGGGCUGUCUCUGGGGACAGGCCUGGUCCUGUGUGCUCUGCAGUCCUGUAUCUUGGGACUGUUUCCUGUCUAUGUGGUCGUGCACCACCAGUUGCCCCCAGCUUCCCGGUUCAUUGUCAUACUGGAGCAGAUUCGAUUUGUGAUGAAAACCUACUCAUUCUUGAGAGAAACGGUUCCUGUUGUUGUGAAUAAUACACCAAAGGAAGGUGAAAAUCCCAGAUUGCCCACAUUUUCCAGCUAUCUGUAUUUCCUCUUUAGCCCAACACUCAUCUAUAGAGAGUCCUAUCCAAGGAACAGCCACAUUCGAUGGAAGUAUGUUGGUGUUACUCUUGCAAUGAUUCUGGGUUGCCUGUUUUAUGGCUACUUCAUCCUGGUGCGACUCUGUGUACCACUCUUCAGACCUGAAACCAACCUGCCUUUCACUAAGAAGAAAAUGGUUCUGGCUGUGUUUAAUUCAAUAUUACCAGGUAUAAUGCUCCUUCUGUUGUGUUUCUUCGCCUUCCUUCACUGCUGGCUCAACCUCUUUGCGGAGCUGCUGCGUUUUGCUGACAGGAUGUUUUACAAGGACUGGUGGAACUCACAUUCAUUUGCUAACUACUACCGUACCUGGAAUGUAGUGGUUCAUGACUGGUUAUUUUACUACGGAUACAGAGACUUCCUCUGGCUGUCGAAUAGGAAAUUCAAAACAGCUGCUAUGCUCUCAGUGUUCAUCGUCUCUGCUUUUGUUCAUGAGUAUGCCUUGGCCAUGGGCUUUGGCUUCUUCUAUCCUGUCAUGUUCAUCCUCUUUGCCAUCUUUGGAGUGGUGUUCAACUUUACUAUGAACGAUAGGCGUCAGAGCCCUAUGUGCAACGUCAUCAUGUGGGUGUGUCUCUUCGUGGGUCAGGGGGUCCAGGUGUGUCUGUACUGCCAGGAGUGGUACGCACAGAUAUACUGUCCUCGAACAGGGGGUGGUUUCUGGGAGUUGGUGACACCUCGAUCCUGGAACUGCACCUACCAGAAAUGAAGCUACUGAGACGCCUGUUGUUAUUAUGUUUGGAACAGAGGAACAAAGAUGGAUGGGAGAAGAAAUGAAUAUUAACCUUUAGUGUCUUCAUGGACUAAACACAAAGCCAGAUAACUUGAAAGAUAUGUAAAUAGAUAUUGUUUUUUAGUGUAUGUUGAGUGAUUAAGAUGCAACUGUAAUUUUUUAUCUUAACCUUGUUUUACUCUGCAUCAACACUACAUUAUUUCAUGUUUCAUUUUUGCAUUUCAUGUUUGCCUCAAUAGUAUUCAUUUAUAAUAUCUCAGACCAUGUCAAAACCAAAUUAUUGUAAUUCUAGUGAUAAAAAUAAUACCAUAAGAACAAGGUUUUAUAAUUAGUUUGUUAGUUAAUGAAACACCACAUUAAUGAAUACAUUUCGCAAUUCUGCAAUUUCGUUGCACAACUGGUGAAAUGACAGUAAAGCUUAUUGUAUU